AUGCGGAUUGUGCGGCGGAUGCCAGUAGUGUCGCCGCACCGGUGCUCGCCUCUUCGCCUCUGGGGCGACGACCCUUGCAGCGCGGUGGCAGUGGCGUUGUCCUGCCAGCGCUUGUGGAUCAAAUCCACCUCGCCUCUGGCCUGCAGCACCUCGAAUUUCGAAAGAAACCUUCGCCGUUGUCGCAGCCCUGGACGUGCAGCAGAGCACAUCGGCCGCAACAGCGGAAAGGCGGAAGGCGCAGCACUCGAUGAGCAUCAGUGGGAUGAGCACACAGGCAUCUUCCAGAGCCAGCGCAUCAAACCCUUUCCCGUCCGCGCAGCCAUCGACAUCGGAGCCGGCGGUGUUGCGUCGCUCUGCGUGGCUCGCGUGGAUGCCACGGUCGGCGCCAUUCAAAAGCUAAUGUACCAGACGCAACUGCCCCUGCACCUUGAUGCACUGCCGACUUCGAUGUCGAACUCCGCAUCGCCUCUGUUGUCGCCGUCCUUCAUGCUGAGUGAGCGUACGAUGAAAGACAUCACAAAUAAGAUGCGCAUCCUUCAGGGCGCGAUGCGGCGCAACACCUUUGAGGGUCUCAGCGAGCGCGCCGCCGUGCUGUCGUGGCCGCUCUGCCUUGCUCGCAAUGCUGGACAGCUCGCUGAACACCUGACAAGGGAGUUCAAGAUCGAUGUUCGCGUGCUAGGGACGAACUUUGCGGUUGAGUGGCCGUCGUCCGUGCCAAGGCCGCUGACCGACGAGGACACUAGCGCACCCGAGGCGGCCGAUGCUGGCAGCAGCACCGUUGGCAAAGACAUCCAGAACGGCGCUGCACGCAAGAGUGCCGAGAGUAAGCUCACGUCCCUGCUGUGUGCUGCUCGUGCAGCCACCGCUGCAGAACUUGGAAAGCGGAGGAGAAAGGCGACUACGCCGCCGUCGCUCGGGUCUGCGGCAGUCCACGGUGUGAUGGACCCGCACGCACAGCUUGACACGCUUGCCUUCCUCGCGCACGCGGCUGUAAGCCAGUGCGUCGCCCCGCAACGGCUCUUAGUCCUUCAUGAAGACCCGCAGCGUGGCCUGCGCUUGCUGGGGCUGGGGACAUCGGCCGCCGAGGACAUCGCCGAUCUCCUCGACAACGCAACGGCGCCGGAGGAACGACAGAAGUUGUAUGACAUCGCGUACGGACCGGGGACGUUGUCACUGGAGGCCGGCAAAGCACCACUACUCGAAAGCCGAACCCUCCCCGAGACUCACGCUCAGCAGCGGCACCAUGCGUCAUCGUCACCAACGAUGACGUCAACAAGACCCUUUAAGAGCCCCAUGGGCAGCGCCAGCAGCGAUGUGGCGGCAGCAGCAGCAGCCACAUCGCGUAUGCAGCUCGUCGAGCACCUCCUCCCUGUGGACGUCGCGAGUGCGCACCGCUACUGCAUUACGCAGAUCCAACGCCGCCCGCUGGAGUCGUACAGCCUUCACGCGAGUAGCCCAAAUCCACUGCUCGCCGACGAGUUUGCAGCACUGCGCGGCCUUCUUGCCGGCAUAGUGCAACCCACCCUGCCAGCGUGGGUGCGGCGAAAGGCACAGCUCGGAGGCGUGCUGUGCGGGACGAGCCACAACGGCGGCCUACUGAACAUCGCGGCUCGCAUGUCGCAGCAGACACACGUUUCCUUGGAGCACCUGGAGGUGCACGCGCAGUACCACUUUGGUGGCCUUACCGAUGUGCUGCUCGCGGAGUCCUUCCCCAACCCGCUCCUCGCUCUGCCGAGCGCUGCUCUGACAGCGGCCGUGCUGCGGUCGCUGGAGUCACCGCGCAUCACGUACCUUCCCGAAGUGAACGUGGCAGCCGCACUGCUGGUGCAGCCCUCGUUGUGGCUGCACGCACGCGCGACCCAGGUGCGGGCGAGGCUGGUACGGGACCCGUUCUACGGAUCAGCAACGGCGGCCCAGCGUGGCCGCACCUUUGACCGACCUCACCGCAAGGACAACCCGACCGCUGCCCCAGACGCGACCUGGGUCAAGCAGGGUCGCUGGAACCCUGUUUCUCACAACGAGAGCAUGCGCGGGACGUGA